CUUGCUUGAGGAGAUAGGUACCUAGGUAUAGAAGAAAUGCCGCGUAUAGCGUUUGAUUAAGAGAUGGAUCAAGUUGGGUUAGGUACCUCACAAUUGAUCUGAAAGCGUUUCUUUCCGAUGAAUUUGGCGGAAUAAUUUUCAAAAGGUGGGAAAUAGUGAACUAAAGGGUUUGCGGUAGUUUCCUAAAUUGUUGGUACAGCACAAGUGCAAACUUAGGCAUUUCAUAACAAAGAUGGUGCAGAAUUUGGUGCAGAACUCAGACCAAAUAAAGGUCAAAGCAUAAAAAAAAACAAUCAAAAACAACAUAAUCAUAAAUAUACCCAUAUCCAUAUCUACCUAGGUAAUUACCUAAACCCUACCUAGACAACCCGCUUUCGGAAUUAUUAUCUUCCACAAAUCAUCACUGGAGAUUAUCUUGGGUACCUUACACCCAACCUUCAUCAUGGAUGCCUUACGAAGUCAGCUUGCUGAGACGCAAGGCGCGCUCACGGACAAAAUAUUUCAAGUGAGGCAGUUACGGGCGGAUCAUGCGGCGGCGCAAACUGCUUGGACACAGCAGAAGCAGGACUUUGAAGCAAAACUGCAACAGCUGGAAGCUGAAGUCCGACGAUUACGCCAGGCAAAUGGAGCUUCUGAAGGAGACGAGAAGCUGCUGUUGGCCCAGGAAAGCAAGCAGCACGCGAAAAGACACUCAUUAGCUUCACUUCCGAGGGAUGAAUCAGAAGCCAAUAAAGCGAAUAAAGCCAAUAGCACCAUCACGCGGGAAGGGGAUGGCGAGACCAUCGUGGUUACCCGGUCGCGAAUGCAGGAUAUAGAGUCCAAGUUCAAAGAUGUGACGAGAAAGCUUACGGAAAAGACCGAGCUCUGUGAAUACUUGCAGCGACAAGUACAGGCUAGACGAGGUAGUUUUGAUGCCGUAGGCGCUUGCGACGUCACGGACGAUCAAAUCAUAAAACGAUGGGAGAAUCUACGGGACCAGAUCCGAACGCUCUCGUUGGAUAGAUUCAACGAGACGAUCCAGCCGAAGCUGGUACCGGAAAAGUCAAAGGAAGAGUUUGAGCACCUUUCGAAACACUGGAAGAGCUACAUGACCAACGGCAACCUCACUUCCUAUAUCUUCCGAGCUCUCAUCUGGAGAUACUUGUACACGUGUCUGUUGAGCAAAUAUUGUCGCGUGUGGGGCAAGGAAUACGGCGAUAUGGCUACGAAGUUGGGGCGCUUUCUGCUAACUAACACGUCGGAGGCGGAAUUUGAGAAGUGGCGAAUACACACGGCGCAGCUGUUGAAUAAGGCUGGCGAACCCGACCCGGCCGUCGUGAGCGACGUGACGAAGAAAAUAUUGGACGCUACUACGCUAUUCGCGACGGGGGUCGACACGGAAGCACUGACCAAUUCUCUCGCUGAGAUCGUUAAGGCGGCGGCGGAACUAAGCACGAUAUUAGCCCGUUCGCGAUACUUGGCCUUGAUGUCGGAUAAACCGGGCAGCGAGCGGACGCGCGGAUUCGCGUACCAGGAGGCGACGAUGCAGGUGAGAAGCCACCUCGGAACGACGACGAUCGUAGACAUGAUGAUCUCGCCAUGUCUGCUGAAGAAGGAAGCCGACUAUGUGGUCCUUGUGAAGGCGGACGUCAUCUGCUAGAAGUAAUGCGCAAGUCUAGGUAUGGCGCAAGGCGGCAUCGGCGUGGAGGGAAAAAAAGUCAAAUGUACGUGGACGUGGCCGAAGCAGAUGAACGGGCCCGUACGAUGGAUGUGAUUAAUACCUCUAAUUUCACAAUCACGAUAUUUCCUCUCGUACAUCGCGAUAAGGAUUAAGGUAGGACUUUGGGACCGUAUUAUCUUGGUACCUCCCUAACUUACCCUAUAAUAAUAGACGCCUUGUAUGUAUUAAGGAAGGUGAAUAGAUAAGAUUAUUCAGCGGAAUUGCACUGACUUGA